CUUCUUGGUUUUUCUGCCCUAACAUACCGUACUCCUCCAUUAGAUUUGAUUGAGUGGGCGGACCCUUUGAAUUGAAACUUUUUUCUGCGCUUUUGAACCGUUUCGAGGCGAGAUGAUGGAUGUAGGAAGAAAAAAGUGUUUCUCCCCUAACCGUAUGGCAUACCUUGAUGGUGAAGAAACAGUAGCCGUAUUAACUCCACGCUCUCUGGGUUCUCAUCCAAGCAACAGUCUCCGAGUUCUUUUUAUGUUAGGUGAGGAGGAGUUGGACAAGGAGGUGAGAAAAGUUGUUUUUCUCGUUCCUUUCCUGCUUCUUCUCCUUUUCAAUCCAAGCUUGUGAUUCCAAGAGCCAUACUUCUCUCUUUCUCCACUCUGUG